GCCUGCAUUUCUUACAUGUCCCAUUUCUCCUUCUGCUCCAGUGGAGAGCUCUGGAAUGCUGUGAAGACUCCCUGCCCAAGCACACUCCUCUCCGGAUUAUCUCCAUCCCAAGGAAGCUCGUAUCCAAGAGAGUUCCCGGUCUUCCACCAUGAAUCCUGUUUACAGCCCCGUCCAACCUGGGGCUCCCUACGGAAACCCGAAGAACAUGGCCUAUACAGGUUAUCCAACAGGCUAUCCCACUGCUGCCCCAGCCUACAAUCCCAACAUGUACCCAACCAGCAGCCCCGGCUACGCCCCAGCCACACUUCUGAUGAAGCAGGCCUGGCCCCAGACCUCCUCGUCCUGUGCCACCGAGGGCACCUUCCACCUCCCGGUGGACGCUGGCACCGAGAACAGAACCUACCAGGCUUCUUCUGCAGCUUUCAGGUACACCGCGGGGACUCCCUACAAGGUGCCACCGACCCAGAGCAACAACGCCCCUCCUCCCUACUCGCCGUCUCCGAACCCGUACCAAACCGCGAUGUACCCCAUCAGAAGUGCCUACCCACAGCAGAACCUGUACACCCAGGGAGCUUAUUACACCCAGCCCGUGUACGCGGCCCAGCCCCACGUCAUCCACCACACCACGGUGGUGCAGCCCAACAGCAUCCCCUCUGCCAUCUACCCGGCCCCGGUGGCCGCGCCCCGCACCAACGGCGUGGCCAUGGGCAUGGUGGCUGGCACCACCAUGGCAAUGUCAGCAGGAACCUUGUUGACCACCCCCCAACACACCGCCAUCGGAGCACAUCCAGUGUCCGUGCCAACGUACAGGGCUCAAGGAACCCCCACCUACAGCUACGUACCUCCACACUGGUAAACCACUGGCCAACCAUAUCCGGAGUCAAACAUUGUAUGCAACUACACAAGUCUUACAUCGGCGCUGCGGCCGCUGGGCUGCAGCGCCUCGUCUGUUUGCAAGAACAAAAGAAAAAAAAAAAAAGUGCAAGGGUCACUUUAUGCAUUCUUUAGUGGUUUUUGUAAAAGCUGCUUUUUCUAAUCUUCUGCCUCUUUUUUUCCCCCCUUCCUCCCCCUCCCACAUGAAUUGUGUAACACACAUACUGACACUGAGCAAUAGUCAAGUUCUCUCUUCGGUCCUAUCAUUUGAAAGCUCAGAAUCUUCACUUUUCCAGCAUUGCCCAGCUGAGUGGUGCAGAGAUCCCCCCACUUCUUGUUCGUUUGGGUUCUUUUUGUUAUUUUUCUGUUGUCGUUGUUGUUGACAAGAGCCUAGAUUUUUUUUGGCUAGUAAGAGUGGUUGAUGUUCAGGGUACUAUGUGAAAAGCACAGCGCUGGUAGGCAGGCUUAUUCCGAUUUGGUUUGGGUAUUUUUAGUUGAAGAAUAUAAAUUAUUCAAUCUUUCAUAACAUAUUACAGGAAAAUUGGUGUCUUCCAGAUAGCUGUCGUGAUAGAUUAUAAAUGCAUUAUCUGCAGUGGAAUUCUGAACUCAUCCCUUCUUUUUGUAGGAGUAAGAGAAUAUAAAUAUAAUUAGCGACGUAACACACUUGUCUUAGGAAGCACGAGGACUGGUCACCAGCGGGUCUUUGGUCUGCUUUUUCCAACUGGGCACAUGGAUCAUGGGUGAUGGGAAGGGAGCAGCAGGAGGAUGCAUGCCCUGGGAGCAUCUGGAACCCCUUGGGAAAGCGGGAUGCUCCCCCUCAGCCACGUCCUGGGGCAGUGUGAGGGAGAAGGAGGCUCCUUCCCUGUGUGGCUGCUGUUUGCAGGCAGAGAUGUGCUGGGCAGCUGCUGAGGGAAGCAAGGACAUGUCCAAAGGUUGGGCUGGAGAGCUUCUCCAGGUCCAAGGGUUGAUCUGGAGAGCUUCUCUCAGGUUUAGGUUUGGUCUGAAGAGCUCCUCCAGAUUUAGGGUUUGGUCUGAGGAGCUCCUCCAGGUUUAGGGUUUGGACUGAGGAGCUCCUCCAGGUUUAGAGUUUGGUCUGAGGAGCUCCUCCAGGUUUAGGGUUUAGUCUGAGGAGCUCCUCCAGGUUUAGGGUUUGGACUGAGGAGCUCCUCCAGGUUCAGGGUUUGGUCUGAAGAGCUUCUCCAGAGUAUGGUGGUGUGGGAAAAGAGGGCGUCUGGUUGAUGGAGAUGAGUCUUCAAGGCAGGGUGAAGGCAAGGUGGGUGGCUUCAGCUGGCACCCAUGGUGCUGGCAGGGCUGAGACCAAACUGCACUGCCUCCCUGGCAGCUGAGGUGUCCCCCUCCCAUUCCUUGGGUUACAGCUCCAAAACUUCCAGGAGAAAUGUUCAUCCAAGCACAAAUACCAGCACCGUGGAGGAAGGCUGGGGAGGGGGAUGAUGUCUGGCUGCUCUGCUUGGGGAGGUGGCAGAGGAGGAAGCAAUAGCAAUAAACACGUCGCCUCCUUCACGGGAAGGCACCUGAGAAGAGGUGACAGCAGGGAAGGUGAUCCACAGCUGACAUGGAGCAGGAUGGGGGACGCUGGGCACGCCGAGGCUGUGGGCAUCAGGGGCAUUUGGGGGGUUUUGGCUUACCCAGGGACAGGAAGCUGGUGACAUCCCCCCUCGGGGUGUCCAAGUAGAGCAAUAAGUUGUCUUGAGGGCAGCAGAGGCGGUUUGGAUUUGCAGACAAUGCUUGUGGCCAGUUUGUUUUUAAAUCCUUGUCACCAAACCCAGCAUAGAAACAAGGUUUUUGGGACUUUUUUUUGUUUUUGUUUUUUUUUUUAAGACAAAAGCUUGGUUGGGUUUUGAUUUUUGCCUCAAGUGUGCCAAAAGUGUUCCGUGCUCUCGGCGGAGUCUCCCAGCUUGGCCUGUGCUCCUGGAGCUCCUUCCCUGGAGCAUGGGCCAGGUGGGGAGUAACAAGCCUAGGGAUCCCAGGAGGACUUUCCCUCCCACUGGCUGGUCCCAGGAGGUUUGUCAGGUUGGGUGUUGGCACUUCUGUUUGGGGGUCAUUUGGUUGAUUCUGCUGGUUUUGCAGGAAAGCUAGAGCAAAGCUCUGGUUGCCCUCCUCAGCCUCAAGAGGAACAAAGUGGGGGGAGACUGCUGUGGGGUGGGGAAGGGGCACCCUUGGGCUGCACUUUGGGCUGGUAUUGAGGGAAAGGAGAAGGAAAAAAAAGAGCAAAUAGGCAGCGGGUUCCCCAUUUGGCUUGGCAAAGCCAAGGAUUAGUAAAGAGCAGCAGGACCUUGGGAAAUAACACCAACACAUCAUCCUUGCACUGUUUGUAGCACAUUGCAGUUAAUCCUGGGCCAAAAAAUCCCCAGAUCCUAAGAACUGAAGACUUCUGAGAUCCCUUUUUCCCCCUCACAUGCUGACUUUGUGUUACACACCAGGAGCUGUCUGUCAGCAUUGAGUCAGGCCUCCCAAUGUAAAGGCACUCUGGUUUGGGGGGUCCAGCGAGAUUUGGGGUCCCUGUCCCAGCAGACACCAUCCCACCACUGCCCCAGGCACCCUGCACCACCUUAGGAACCACUCCUAAAAUUCUGGCCCGUGUGUGGAAAGGAGAUGUUGGGCUUUCUCCUGGAAGGAAAAGAAACUUUAAAGGUGGGGGAGAAAGCCCCAGGAGUGGAGCGUGGUGGGUCACCCAGUGUUCCCACUGAUGAGCCCUGACACGGGGCAGUUGGGUUUUAAUUCCUUUGCUCAAAUAUUUCAUUCCAGCAAAGCUUUGCUGAUGUUGGUUAAGGAAAAGGGUUUUCCACAGUGAAGAAUCACACCGGGCAGCAGUGAGGGGUGAAAGCAUCCUUAGCAGCCACUGAAGUGUCUGAGAUUAAAAUUCCAGCUAAAGAGGAAGGAAAAAUAACUCUGAACCAUUAACCCAUCCCAGACCUUACCUUUACUUCAAAACACAAGCUGCGAGGUGAGAUGUGGGGGGGAAAUGGGAUUUCAGUGGUGGUGGUGACCCCCACAGCCCAGCAGCCCCUUGGAGCCUGAGGCCAUCAUGCCUCCAAGUGGCUGAACCCUCCAGGCAAGGAUUUGCUACUGCAUUUUAUGAAUAAUAAAUCACUCCGUUCAGCAUUGUUGCAGUUUUGGGAUGCAAUUCCCAGGAAAUGUUAUUUAAGGGGUUUGUUUUAAUGAGGGGUGUUCAGAGCAUCAGGUUUUCCUCCAGCCACCAGCAUCCCACUGAAUCUGGUCCUUCCCAGAGAGACCCCCCUGACUCUUUGCCAUCCCCUCUGGGAAUGUGGGGAUGAUGUGGUUCCCAGCUGGAGGGCAUGAAAUGGGAUCCUGGUUUUUUGAGCAGGAUGGAAAAAAAUAACAUUUGAGGCUUUAUUUUUGGUAAAAUCCAACCAGCCAACAAUAGCAAUAAGAGCUGCUGGAUACCCAUAAAUCCAGGUGUUUUUGGUUUGGGUUUUUUUUCCCUAAUUGCCAAUACUUUCAGGCCCUCCAGCUGUGGUGACCCUCUGCCCAUCUUCCCUUUGCUUUGCUCCUGAGCCAGGAUCAGCCUCCAAAUAUUUUCUCUGCUGUGUGUUAGCAUUCCCUUAGGGGAAAAAAAAAGGAAAAUAAAGCCUGUGAUGGAGCUUGGGAGGGAGGAAAUCCUUGGAAAAGGCAUUUCUGUGGCAUGUUGCACCACGGCACUUGGAGAUUCUCUGGCAAUCAGGUAAAAGAACUUGUGGGAAUGUUUGCAGGGCAGGAACAGCAAAAUCUGUGGUUUGACAGGAGCGAUUCCCAUUUGGAAGCGCUCGGUUGUGCUGCUUGUAGGGAAUAAUCUUGAUGCAACAUGGCCACCUGCAGCCUCCCUGCAUCCUCCUGCAAGAGAUGGAGCUGGAAUUUUCCAGGGGGAAGAGGGGUUCAGGAUCAGGGGAGGGGUUUGUAGGGAAGCAUGGCAAGGUGCAGGAUCACACCCAAACCCUCCCAUUCCCACAACACGGCCUCGACCCACACCAGGCUCCCACCCCUCUUUCUGUGUAAUUAAUUUUAAAUUGAUUUUGACCACCAGACCAGCUCGUUUUUAAGUAUUAUUGGACCUCUUAAACAAAAAUAAAUACCAAAAAAAAAUUCCCUGAAAGAACAACAACAACAAAAAAUUUAAACCCAAGAGUAACCACGUCUUCCAAGUCUACAUCUCACAGGUGUGUAGGGAACAUGGCCUUGGACUGAUGCCCUGGAGAGCCCCACAGCCUCAGUUUGUCCAUCUGAAGUGUAAAUUUGGGGUUGUUUUCCCGUUUGUUUUCUGUUCUGGUUUUGGUUCUGAAGAUCAGGUCGUGAUCUCCCUGACAGAUUUCAGCCAAGAGUUUGUAACUGUACGAUAUUUACUGUAAGAUGUAGAACAUUCGAUAACUAUUAAAAUGUUUCCAAAAAAAAAUUAAAUAAAUAAAUAAAAGAGC